AUGUGAGUCAUUUAAUGACCCUGAUUAUUCCUUGGAAGAAGAUGAUAUGAUUUUUGAUAAAAUCGUUGACUCUACUGUAGAAUGGGUUGGCCUUAAUGGGAGAAACAGAGAAAAUCAAGUUAAAGAAAAAACUAUGGAGGUUGGAGUUGCCUCAAACAUGUUGGCUAUGUUUCCCAAUGACACUCAAGAAAAUGAUUGUGCUACAUCAGAUGAGGAAUUAAUGAGUUUACAUGGAGAUUCUGAUGAUGAAAAUCUUAAAAGAUCCAUUGUUUUUAAUCCAACUAGGGGAUUUUGGAGGAUCCAAAAUUUUAAGUUUACACUUGAUAUGAUUUUCAGCAAUAGCAAAGAAUUCAAGUGGGCAGUUGAGGUACAUGCUGUGUUCCAAAAAAGAGACAUCAAGUUUAAGAAGAACGAAAGUACAAGGUCGAGGGCCAUUUGUAAGGUGUCGAGUUGCAAAUGGUUCAUAUUUGCAUCAAAGUCUAAUCAAGAUGAACCUUUCAAGAUCAAGACAAUAGGCCCUGACCAUUCUUGUGGCAAACAAAGAGAUAACAAGACUAUUGACUCGGGAUUUUUGGCUAAGAAGUACGUAGAAGAAUUUAGAAUAAAUCCAAGUUGGGGAGUAAAAGAAUUCCAAACUCAUGUGAUGAGGACUCAUAAUUGUACUAUUACUCGAACCCAAGCUUAUAUGGCAAAGAGGAAGGCAUUAGAUCUAAUUACAGGAACUAAAGAAGAGCAAUUUGAUAUGUUAUGGGAUUACUGUGCUGAGCUAAGAAGGAGUAAUCCAGGGACUACAUGUAUUUUGAAGCUGGAUGAAAAUCCAAAAACAAUGGUUAAUGGUAGAAAAAGAUUUUUGAGACUUUAUAUAUGUUUUGCAGCUUGCAAACAGGGUUUUUUAGCCGGAUGUCGACCGAUAAUAGGGGUUGAUGUAUGUCAUUUGAAAGGGCACCAAAAGGGGAGUUAACUAUUGACAGCAGUAGGCAUUGAUGGAAACGACAACAUAUAUCCUAU